GGUGUUUCCAUAUUUCAACAGUGUGGCAACUUUUCUCUCGACAAACAGCUGAAACCGGCAACAGCAUGGUGCGCAUUAAGAAUAGAUAUAUAGCAGUGCAAAUAGUGCCACAAACCGCCACACGAACACUGCGCCUUAAUGACAACACACUGACCAAAUGUCUCCUCGAAAAUGUGGGGAAACACUACGGGGUCUAUGGACUGGGUCUCUUGGAGCAGGGGUUCCGUGUGAAAUACUGCAAUGAGCGUACCAAAAUAGCAAUUAUACGUUGUCUGCAUCGUGGACAACAGUAUGUAUCCAGUAUAUUGCCACUGAUAACGCUGAUCGGUGACGUGCGUGCUAAAUUCCGUACCCUCUAUGUGGGAGCCACUAUAAUUCAGUGCAACAAAUUUAUAAUAAAACAUCAGAAAGAAUUUUUGGAUAAAAUGAUGGGCCAAUUGGAGUCAGCUAAAGAGCGGCAAGAUCUGUUAAAAAGCGUAAUGGAUUUUGAUAUGGAUCGAUAGAUAGAUAUAUUGCUAUAUACAUAAAUUGUCAUAUUAUUAAGAGUACACUUAUUUACAAAAGAAA